GUGACGUGCACUCACUGCCGCACUGUACAGUCACAUGACAGGCAUUAUGGAGCUCGUUCGCUGUCAAACUUUAAUCCGUUUUUACUUUUAGACUAGAAAAGCGAUGGACAGAGCGGGAUUUUUGACGGCUUCUGAUCUCCAGUGAUGUCAGUUGCGUCUAUGUAUCUGUUAUUUUGUAGCUAAACCCCUGCGUCAUGUCUGUGGAUGGCCCCCGGACCUCUGUUUUCACCUUUCAGUCCGCUGUUCACAGCCAUCAUGUUCUUCGCUCGCUGGAGGAACUGAGACAGAAAGAGCUCUUGUGUGAUGUGACGGUUGAAGUGGAGCGCAGGAGCUUUCGAGCACACUCUUCAGUGCUGGCUUCCUGCAGCCACUAUUUUUACACCAGACUGACAAACCACAGCCGACCAAACCUCACUGUCAGCUUGCCGGAUGAGGUCACUGUGGAGGGAUUUGAGCCUCUUCUGCAGUUCGCCUACACUGCAAAACUUCACUUCACGAAAGAAAACAUCCUGGAGAUCCACAGAUGCGCCGAAUUUCUUGGAUUUCAAAACCUCGAUAAGGCCUGCUUUGAAUUCCUCAUCCCAAAGUUUUCUGAUGGUGGUGGAACCUCAAAAAAAGUGAAGGGGAAAAGCAAGAACCAAGCAUCCAAUAAGAAAUCCCAAGCUAUCAACAGUCCUAGUGACCAAAACCCUGAAACUGGAGAAGAUCGUGUACCUCAGGAUGCAGGAACAGUCAUGCAGGCUGCAUCUGCAACAUCCUCUGUAGAAAGUCCUAAAGAUUGUCCCCCCAUCCCAAAUGACAAAGAAAUGCAGUUAGAUUUAUCCCCGCUGUACGCAAGAAGCUCUUCAUACCACAUGGGUGAUGGCCAAGACCAGUUUUGCCUGCAGAACUGUGGCCCACAGUUGCCUUCCUCUUCUAUGGUGGCUAGUGAAGUUUGUCCUUUCCUGUCCACUUCGAGCACAAGUGACAAUGAGAAACUGCAUUCGGCUGUAGCUACCUGUGGUGCCGACAUUUUAGCAAUGGAGGAGCAAUUCCAGAAGGAACUAGCAAUGGAGGUACGUUGUGAACCACCUACUGAUAAAGACCUGAGCAUUGCCAGUAUCACCGAUGGCCACUUUGACCAACUUGAAGGGUCUCUAAUGCCGCCCACCGACUGCAGCCAACUAUGUCCUCUGAAUUCCGUGGAGUCAAACGGGGUUUUGGACGGGAUUUCCGGCGCUCCAGACCUCGGCAGCAUUGGCACCGAUGACAACCAGGUCUUCGAUUCCAACAAACAAACGUUCUCUGAACUGACCCCCAAGGAUGGCUUCACCGAACGAAGUGUAGUGGAAAGGGAAGUGGCUGAGCAUCUUGCAAAGGGCUUUUGGCCGGAUUUGAGCUCCACGUUAAAUGAGCCGCUACCUUUGGACUCUAUCGACCAGUCGUCUGCAGGAAACGGCUCGGACUUCCACUGGUUGAAGCAUCUGGAUCUGGGAGCUGCGCCCGAUGAUUGUCCCUUCCUGAGGGACCUGAGCUCCAGUGAUAGACAGACCUCCAUGGGACACGCUCUGUCCAACGAGGACACUGGAGACAGUCCCUGCAUGUCCCCAAUUAACUCAAGGGAAAACUCUGAGUGCGAAUCGGAUGGAGACUGUGCGCAAUGUGGUAGCAAUGAACAAGUGCAGGAGGUGGAUUUGCCAUUCCCUGUGGAGCAAAUUUCCACCAUGACCCGGAGAGCAUUCCUGCAGAUGUUGAAACGCGAGAAACUGACCCCAGAACAGCUGGAGUUUGUUCAAGAUGUGAGACGCCGCAGUAAGAACCGCGUGGCUGCUCAGCGCUGCCGCAAGAGGAAGUUAGACUGUAUCUACUGGCUGGAGGGAGACAUCAAGAAACUGAGGAGCGAGAAGGAGAAAUUACUGCAAGAUCGCAACCAGCUGAAGCUCAGCUUGGAGGAUGUGCGUCAGAACAUCUCGGGUCUGUGGCAGAGCCUCUCUACGGACAUCUCGCCGCAGUCCGAGCAGCUGCAAGCUCUAACCAGGUACUUCUCCUCCGACUGUCCCACCUCCAUCCUCCUGACCCCCAUGGCCUCUCCAAGCCUGGCUGGCCCAGACCGGGAUGCCCAUGCGAACACCUCCUUGAACACCCUUCUUCCAGACACUUGUCCUGAAGGAGACACAGCAGCUCUCAGGUCGCCCGCUGCCUUCCUGCAAGACAACGUUCAGAGCACUGUUACAGAUCCAGCUCCAUGAUGUCCAACAGAGUAAAGCCGCUUGGGAAUGGUCCGGUUCAUUUUUACUCAGGAGCUUACCUUUCUGCUGCCGUCAGUUACACUUUUGAGCAUGACUUUCCUAUUAGGAGCACUUUCAUAACAUUUCUAAGUAUGGAUGUGACUAAAUUUGCACUAUUUCCAGGAGUUUCAUAUGGAAAUGCUACUAUGCCUCUCAUUCCUUGUGUAGAAGUCAUUCCUGUUAUGUUUCACACAUUUUGUGAACUCUGAAACUUUAAAAAUUAUUACGCUUGUGUUGUAUUUCAGUAUUUCAGAAAUAAGCUAUGCCGAAGCUCAUAUGCUCAUAUAUACACUUUGCUAAUUAUAACUUGAUUAUUUACAUAAUGGCAAAAGAUGGAUUACAGAAUGGAACAUACUGUAACAGGGUGGAAAUAUAUGGUUUGUUUAAUUAUGAAUUGAUAGUUAUUGAUAGGUAUUUUUUAAACCAUCGAUAUUUGAUAUUUUGAUUCAGCCAUACCAAUUUUUUAACAUUUUGUGCAACAGGGUGGAAAAGUACGACAAACAACUAAAGCACAAUACGUAAAAUAAUUUAUAGAAUUAACUGCUAAUACUUUCUCAUGUUUAUGCUGUUGUUUUCUCACCAAAAAUAAUGUCACUUCCUGGACAAUAAUGUCAUUAAUGAACUGGCAUUUUUUUUAGUUAAAAAGACUAGGUGGAAAGUGAUAUUAAGGACGCAGGAAAUAUCUAAAAUCAACAAUUAAACAAACGUCCCCAAAUUUUGCAUUUAACAUUUUGAUUAAAGAAAGAAAAACACCUGGAACAUUUCUUAAUAAAUGACUUUUUAUGCUUUUUAGGGCAUUUAUUGUAAUAUUGUGAUAAAAGAAAACAAACUAAUAUGACAUUAAUCUUCAAAAAUGGUCAGUUUUAUAUUUUAUCCAAAUAUAUACUACAGUAUACUUGGAAAUGUACUACAUAACAGGAAUGACUCAUGGAUUCAUUUCCAGGACUAGCAUUAAUUAACUGCCACUAUGGACAAUCAUUGUAAUUCUCUUUAUUAUGUUAGUUGAUUAUGAUUUUGUUAUGCAAUGUAGAGCAUAUAAAUACAUUCCAGUGUAGCCUAAUAUGUCUUUAUCAUUACCAGCAUGAGAAUUGUGUAUUGAAUAUGCAUCUGUUUUUUUUUUUGUUGUUUUUUUUGCAAGUAUUCGUAUAUGCGUAUGUCCUAGAUAUAGUAACAUUUAAAUAACUGCCAAGUAAGUUUUCAUGCAUAUCAUGUAGGAUUUGUGAAAAAAUACAUAGAAUCCAUAGUCUCUUUAAGGUAAGGGAAAUAUAUAUAUACAUAAAAAGUUUAGAGACUGUUAACUUUUUGCUUGCUAAAUUGGAAUGGGUUUGGAUAAGUCCAAGAUAAAAUCAAAAUUAAUUCUAUUUGCUUUAAUACAUGUUUCUGGUCUCAUUGUGCAUGAUUCGUCAUUCCACAUUAUUUCAAUGAAAAGUUUGUCUUGUAAUGUUUCAUUAACAUGCAAUACCCUUUCAGCUGAUAGGCCAUCCGGCCUAUUGGCCGUCGGAUUCGAGAUUCAGGCAUUAUUUUAACUCUCGUCGUGGUACAGAGCACUCACUUUUCAUGUACUGAGGAGAAAAUCAAUUUCUGACCUACAUUUUGUUUUUGGUCAAAUAUCCUAGUUCACAUUAUGGAAGUAAAAUGGAUGUGAAUGCCGUUUCAUGCUGACUUUAAUGCUUAGAUAAAUAUUCUAACUAAUGUUCAUUUUGCCAUUGUAGUGUCAAUGAAAUGAUCUAUUUUUUACUUUUUUGUGCCUUUUUUGUUGUUUUAACCCUGUAACCAAAAUACUGUCAUGUAAGCCUAGAAUGCACUGUAUAAUUCACUAUUUGAUCCAUGUUUAACAAAUAGUAGCAAAUAAAAUGUCAAUAAUAUAUAUAUA